UCUCUUCCACCACUGCCCCCUCCGAGCCAUUGCGCUCGUGCCAACAUGGCAGUCAACCAUGCGACCCAAAUAGCCCACGCUAUCGAGCAAAUACAGAACCGCCCUACAAUCGUCGAACAAGACUUCACCCAGCACGUUCUCGAGGAUGGAACAGUCAUCUCAACGCAGGAGCGCGUUAUUAAAGACGUUCAAGCUCCAUCUGCUGGUAUUCCAACCCCCUCCCAGUUCUUCUCGCAAACAGACCCUUCAAAACCGGACAUCGCCUUUUUGAAGAACCAUCUUUAUCGGGAAGGGAGACUCAGCGAAGAACAGGCUCUCUACAUCCUUUCGAAGGGAACGGAGAUUCUUCGACAGGAACCUAACGUCCUCAAUGUCGAUGCACCUAUAACAGUUUGUGGCGACAUUCAUGGGCAAUAUUAUGACCUUAUGAAACUGUUCGAAGUCGGGGGGAGUCCUGCAGAUACACGAUAUCUUUUCCUUGGGGACUAUGUUGACCGGGGUUACUUCAGCAUCGAGUGCGUUUUGUACCUUUGGUCGCUCAAAAUCUGGUACCCGGACACUCUCUUCUUGUUGAGGGGAAACCAUGAGUGUCGGCAUCUAACGGAUUAUUUCACCUUCAAACUCGAAUGCAAGCACAAGUACUCCGAGCGUGUUUAUGACGCAUGCAUGGAUUCUUUCUGCACUCUCCCUCUCGCUGCCAUCAUGAAUAAGCAGUUCCUGUGUAUCCAUGGUGGUCUUUCCCCCGAACUCAACACCAUCGAUGACAUACGAGCUAUCGAUCGUUUCCGUGAACCUCCGACGCAGGGUCUUAUGUGCGAUAUUCUGUGGGCCGAUCCUGUUGAGGAUUUCGGAACGGAGAAGACAACAGACAGCUUUUUACAUAACCACGUUCGUGGCUGUUCUUACUUCUUCACAUAUCAAGCCGCUUGCCAAUUCCUGGAGCGAAAUAACCUUCUCUCAAUUAUCAGGGCGCAUGAGGCGCAAGAUGCUGGCUAUCGAAUGUAUCGAAAAACAAAAACAACUGGAUUCCCAUCGGUCAUGACCAUCUUUUCUGCUCCCAAUUACCUUGAUGUGUACAACAACAAAGCGGCUGUCCUCAAAUACGAGAGCAACGUGAUGAAUAUCCGGCAGUUUAAUUGCACCCCUCAUCCAUAUUGGCUCCCCAAUUUCAUGGAUGUCUUUACUUGGAGUUUACCUUUCGUCGGAGAGAAGAUCACUGACAUGCUUGUGGCUGUUCUUAACACAUGCACCAAAGAGGAACUAGAGGAGGAAGACGAAGAUGUGACGAUGACUUCACCGACAUCCGCGACUUCAGAAGAGUCGGUGGAACGCCGACAGGUCAUCAAAAACAAAAUUAUGGCUGUGGGACGGAUGGCACGCGUGUUUGCGCUAUUGCGAGAGGAAUCGGAGAAAGUUUCAGAACUCAAGAGUGUCUCUGGCUCAAACAAGUUGCCCUAUGGCACGCUGGCGGCUGGACCCGAAGGUAUCAAAGAGGCCAUUAGCGGCUUCGAAGAUGCUCGCAAAUCGGAUAUUGAGAACGAGCGGCUACCGCCAGAUCUCUUUGAUGCCUCGUCGGAAGAGGGCAAGGCUCUAUUAUCAUCUGGAUCGUCUUCUGUGCCUUCAACACCAGCCGAGCAUGAUCAGGAGAUGACUUCUCCGAUUACUGCAGCCAACAUCGAAGCUGCACUCAAUCAGAAUGGAAAAAGUGGACCACUGUCGCUCAAUACGUCUGCAGCAUCUGGCUUACCAGGAGCUGCACAAAGUCCGAGCUCGCCGACAUCACCGGGUGCUUUCCGUCGUGGUCACGGUCGACAAGCCAGUUUGGGGACAACGAUGACUAGUCCGAGCACUCGUCGGCGUAGUUUGGAGAGCACAAUGAGCCUCAUUCAAGGUGUUUGGGAUAAUCAAGCCCCACCCGGAAGCAUUGCAGAGGAAGGAGCUGCAGCCGAAGAGGUUGACGGUCUUGCGGGCAGGUUGGCGGGGAGUAGCGUCAAUGGUACUCGCUUAAUGUUUAGUUUUCAACCAGUGUACUUAUUAACGAAUCCUGUUUCUGUCCUGCAAGUGGAGGAUAAGCACGAAAAUGGCGUGAAUCCACCCACAACUCUCAACCUCCAACCACCAUCCCCCAUGGAGAAGGCGCUGCCAACGCAGCAUGAGCCUAUACCGAGGCCAAAGUCCCGAAGACGCGUCAGAGUUUUCCAGCUGGCUCUCAUCAUUCAAGCAGCAGUCCUGCUUUACCCACUCACAUACUACCUCCAAUGGUCCUCGAAGCGCUCUGAGAACGUUCCCAUCAAUGCCCAGACCAUCAUUGCGCAAUGCAGGGCUCUCCAAUUGACACCCGGGCCUCCAGAUGACUUCUAUUCGCGACAAGUGUCAGACAGGUUUGAAGCGGGAACGUGGGCGACGUUGAUCAAGAACGCGACGAUUUGGACGGGCUCGGACAACGGGAAGGAGGUUGUCUCUGGGGAUAUUCUGCUUGAUAAGGGUAUCAUCCAGAAAGUGGGUUCAGUGGAUGUUGGCAGCUUGAAGGCGGACACGGUCGUCGUUGAUGCCGACGGAGCGUGGGUUUCUCCUGGCAUUGUCGACCUCCACUCCCAUAUUGGAGUCGAUAGUUCGCCGGCAUUGAACGGAGCAUCCGAUACUAACUCUCUCAAAGGCCUCGUUUUGCCCUGGCUACAGAGUUUGAGCGGACUAAAUACCCAUGACGACGCGUAUGACUUGUCGAUUUCCGGAGGAGUCACCACGGCCAACGUAUUGCCUGGUUCGGCAGACGCUAUCGGUGGACAAGCAUUCGUGAUCAAACUCCGCUCGACCUCAGAGCGGUCUUCGAGCUCAAAGCUCCUCGAACCGCCAUUUACUCUCAAUGGGUCUGUUGUCGAUCCGUUCCAGCGUCCUCGGUGGCGGCAAAUGAAACAUGCUUGCGGCGAAAAUCCAAGUAGAGUUUAUUCUGGGACACGUAUGGACACAACUUGGGCCUUCCGCAGCGCAUACGAAACAGCACGACUGAUCAAGGUCGAGCAAGACUCCUACUGCGAGAAGGCAUUGUCAGGUGAAUGGAAAGGGUUGGGUAACUUCCCGGAGAAUCUGCAAUGGGAAGCAUUGGUGGAUGUACUUCGAGGGCGGGUCAAGGUCCACAACCAUUGCUAUGAGGCUGUUGAUUUGUCAAAUCAAGUCCGACUCACCAAUGAGUUCAAAUUCCCCAUUGCAGCCUUCCAUCACGCUCACGAGGCAUACCUUGUUCCCGAUCUCCUCAAGCAGGCAUACGGAAACACCCCUGCUAUUGCCAUCUUUGCGACCUCAGCGCGUUUCAAGCGUGAGGCGUAUCGCGGAUCUGAAUAUGCUGCACGUAUUCUGGCUGACAACGGAAUUGAUGUCGUUUUAAAGAGCGACCAUCCUGUCCUCAAUUCGCGUCAUUUGGUCUUUGAAGCACAACAAGCACAUCAUUUUGGUUUACCUGCUAACCUGGCUCUUGCUUCGCUUCAAGGCACGCCUGCUAGGAUAUUGGGACAAGACCACAGAAUCGGGCGGUUGAUUGAGGGUUUCGACGCUGGCAAGUGCUAUGUGGUCAUUUGGGACAGCCAUCCACUCGCUUUGGGUGCCGCACCGAAACAAGUCUUCAUUGAUGGUAUCGCUCAAAUCAACAAACCCUCUGUCUCGACCAAACCCAGCUCGGCACAGCGUGUCCCCAGCACACCCAAUUGGGACAAAGAGACCAAAGAAACGCUUAAGCACGAGGGCCUCCCGCCGCUGGAGCCCGUCGAGUCCUUAAAAGACAUCGUGGUUUUCACCAAUGUUAGCAGUCUGUUCCUCAAGGACCCCAAAACGAAAAUUGUGACCGAAGUCUAUUCUGCCACGACUCAAAGGCGGAAUGGCGUGGUCGUGGUCGAGAACGGUCGUGUUGUUUGCAGUGGACAGUGCUCUGAAACGCUUCGCAAAUCUGAUGAAAGGCAAAUUGAUCUUGAAGGAGGGUCUAUCUCGCAAGUUUUUUCUUCUGAAAAAUGUACCUCUUUCUUACAGGAAUUUAGUCCAGCCCUGGUCUCGUUUGGUAGCCCACUCGGCCUUUCGCAUAUCACGGGCGAACCCUCUACCAGCGAUGGGGCAGCCCUCGAUCCGCUCUCCUCGAAUAUCCCCACACUUAUUGACGGAACAGUCAUCAAGGCUGUUGACGGACUGCUCUUCGCCUCGCGCGAUGCCUACUUGGCUUACAGAAAUGGCGUUACAUCAGCUAUCGUUGCCCCCUCCUCUCGUGGUUUCCUCUCUGGCUUGAGCACCAUUUUCAGCACGGUAGCACCACAUAAACUUGCAGACGGAGCCGUCGUCCAAGAAGUGGCGGCCCUGCAUGUUGAGGUCACUUUGAAUUCGAAGAUCAGCGUCAGCACCCAGAUCGCUGCUCUGCGACGACUUCUUUUAGGCGAAGGGAAGGGUGUCGUAGGGAGCAAAUCUUCGGAUAUUAUCACGGGCACCAUUCCACUCGUCGUGCACGCUGAGAGUGCAGACAUUAUUGCCAGCUUACUAACACUGAAAUCCGAGGUGGAUGCGUCGUCUGGACACACUCUCCGUCUCGUCAUUUCUGGCGGUACCGAGGCCCAUCUCCUCGCAGAAGAACUCGGUGCUGCAGGCGUCGGGGUUCUCAUCCAGCAAAGACCGUUCCCGGGCUCUUGGGAGGAAAAGCGCAUUCUCCCUGGUCCACCGCGUACACCAGACAGCGCCAUUGCUAAGCUCGUAAAAAACAAUGUGACGGUAGGCGUUAUCGCCUCAACGCCGGCCACGGUCCGGAAUACGCGCUUCGAUGUUGCUUGGGCUGGACUGGAGUCGAAUGGUGUGCUUGAUAGAGCAGAGACGCUGGCCCUAGGUUCGUCGAAUAUCGAGGCAUUAUUCGGCGUGAAAGACGGGAACAUCAACAUGGAUCUUGUUGCAGCUAGAGGGGGGGCAGGAGAUGAGUUGGGAGCAAAGGUCGUUGCUAUUAUCUCGUCGCGAGCCGGCUUUGUCAAUACGUGGUAG